UGCGCAGACGCAAAGACGUAUUUCCGGGUACGACAUGAAAUAUAAAUAAGCUGGUGUAGUACUCACGGGCGUCGGUUGAACAUACGAAGCCAAUGAUUCCCAUAUGUCCUGUGGUGUCCUUCACCUAUGUGCCCAGCCGGCUUGGUGAAGAUGCCAAAAUGGCUACCGGCAAUUAUUUUGGAUUUACCCAUGGCGCUGCGGCUCAGUACAGUCAGCAGCCACCUGCCGGAGUCGCAUAUACACAUCCCACCACAGUGGCCAGUUACACAGUACAUCAAGCACCUGUGGCUGCUCACACUGUGGCGGCAGCCUAUGCUCCCUCGGCAGGCACAGUAGCUGUCGCUAGGCCUGCGCCAAUUUCCGUGGCUACUGCUGCAGCUUAUGGAGGAUAUCAGCCAACACAUGCUGCCGCUGACUAUGGCUACCCUCAGCGCCAGCCUGAGAUCCCUCCACCCCCACCACCAGUCACCUCACAGAACUACCAGGACUCUUACUCCUAUGUCCGUUCCACUGCUCCAGCUGUUGCUUAUGACACUAAGCAGUAUUACCAGCAGCCCACUGCUACAGCUGCUGUUUGUGCUGCACAACCCAGUGUGGCAGAUUCAUACUAUCAGACAGUCCCCAAACCAGGAUAUAGCCAGGGGGUAACAUCAUACACCCAGAGCCAGCAGGCACGCCAGGUGACUGUGAUAAAGCCUGCUGCUCCCAAUCCAGCCUCAUCCACUUUCUCCAUCUAUCCAGUGACGUCCACUGUCCAGCCCGUGGCUAAUGCAGCCUCUGUGGUCCCUUCUUACUCCCAAAGCCCAACCUACAGCACGAAUGCUGUCACCUACUCUGGAACCUCAUACUCGGGCUAUGAAGCUGCAGUUUACUCAGCAGCUUCCAGCUACUACCACCAGCAGCAGCAGCAGCAACAGCAGCAGCAGCAGCAGCAGAAGCAGGCUGUGGCAGCUGUAGCCGCAACAGCAGCAUGGACGGGAAACACUUUCACCAAGAAGCCCCCUUUCCAGAGUAAGCAGCUUCGGCCCAAGCAGCCGCCCAAGCCCCCUCAGAUCCACUAUUGCGACGUCUGUAAGAUCAGCUGUGCCGGCCCACAGACAUACAAGGAGCAUCUUGAAGGGCAGAAGCACAAAAAGAAGGAAGCGGCACUGAAGGUUUCCCAGAGCAGUAGCAGCAAUAAUAAUGGUGGAGGGGUUUUGGCCCGCAGUGCUCAGAACCAGCUGCGCUGUGAACUUUGCGAUGUUUCCUGUACUGGCGCUGAUGCGUAUGCUGCCCACAUUCGUGGCGCUAAGCACCAGAAGGUUGUGAAGCUUCAUACCAAGCUUGGAAAGCCCAUUCCAUCUACUGAGCCCAGUAUGGUCACUCAGACAUCGUCUUCCACCACAGCUGCCCCCAGCAGGACAAUCACAGCCACCCCGAGCAGUUCCAGCACCGCCAUCUCUCUAUGUGCAUCUGCUUCCUCCUCCUCUGCCACCAGCUCAAGUCCCACCUACCUGAAGCCAGUCAACAUAGUCAGCUGUGGUGUUGCGGGUGGCAAGAACUCAUUAGCCAACAACCUCUCUUCAGCCAGCUCUGCCUCAGCUGGAAAGAAAGUCAACACCCCCAAGAUCAAUUUUGUUGGUGGAAAUAAAUUACAGACCACAGUAAAGAAUGACGAAGCCAGAGCGGAGGCCAAAGUGGAGUCUAAGCCUGUGAUGCCCUCUUCAGCUGUUCAAGACCCCAAGACUGACGUUUCAGACUCUCUGUCCACAUCAGCCCUGGCUGGACUACAGAGUGAUGUCCAGCCAGUCGGUCAUGACUAUGUUGAGGAAGUCAGAAACGAUGAAGGCAAAGUCAUCCGCUUCCAUUGCAAGCUGUGUGAAUGUAGUUUCAACGACCCAAAUGCAAAGGAAAUGCAUCUCAAAGGACGACGGCAUCGUCUGCAAUACAAGAAAAAAGUUAACCCAGAUCUGCAGGUGGAGGUCAAGCCAAGCAUCCGAGCCAGAAAGAUUCAGGAGGAAAAGAUGAGAAAACAGAUGCAGAAAGAGGAGUAUUGGAGAAGAAGAGAGGAGGAAGAGCGCUGGAGAUUGGAGAUGAGGCGCUAUGAAGAAGACAUGUACUGGAGACGCAUGGAAGAGGAGCAACACCACUGGGAUGAACGACGUCGAUUACCAGACGUAGGGUACCCACAGGGCCCUCCUGGUCUACUCGGAGUCCGACCCGGCAUGCCUGGCCUCCAGCCUCAAGGCCCGGUGCCCCCACGCCGUCCUGAUUCUUCCGAUGAUCGUUAUGUCAUGACCAAGCAUGCAGCCAUCUACCCUUCAGAAGAUGAGCUCCAGUCAAUCCAGAAGAUUGUGUCAAUCACAGAACGUGCCCUCAAACUUGUCUCGGACAUAAUUACAGACCAGGAGAAGGCCAAGGAAGAUGAAAAAGAGAAGAAGGAUUCCGGCAACGACAGAGCCCUGAAGGGAGUGAUGAGGGUUGGAGUCCUGGCCAAAGGCUUACUUCUGCGUGGGGACAAAGACGUCAACCUAGUCCUGCUCUGCUCAGAGAAGCCCACAAAGGACCUCCUCAGCCUCAUUAUGGAGCACCUCCCCAAGCAACUAACAGUGGUAGCCCCAGAAAAAUACGAGGUCAAGGGAUCUAUCCAGGAAGCAGCCAUCAUUCUGACGUCCUGUACUGAGCCAAAGAUGCAAGUGACAAUCACGCUGACUUCACCUCUCAUCAGAGAGGAAAAUGGCCGGGAUGGAGAUGUAACCUCGGGUAUGGUGAAAGACCCAGCGGACGUCUUGGACAGGCAAAAAUGCCUUGACGCUCUGGCUGCUCUGCGCCACGCUAAGUGGUUCCAGGCUAGAGCUAAUGGACUUCAGUCUUGUGUGAUUAUCAUUCGAAUCCUACGAGACCUCUGUCAGCGAGUUCCUACAUGGUCAUCCUUCCCAGGAUGGGGCAUGGAGCUGCUAGUUGAGAAGGCCAUCAGUAGCGCCUCUGCCCCCCUAAGCCCAGGUGAUGCUUUGAGACGGGUCUUUGAAUGUAUCUCUUCUGGGAUUUUACUCCCUGGUGGGCCAGGAUUGGUGGAUCCUUGUGAAAAGAAGCCUGUCGAUACCCUGACAACCAUGGGAGAGCAACAGAGAGAGGACAUCACCUCAAGUGCCCAAUUUGCUCUGAGGCUGCUGGCGUUCCGUCAAGUCUAUAAAGUUAUGGGCAUGGACCCUCUACUGCAGAUUAACCCUCGCUUCAACAUCCGCAACAGCCGCAAGCGUCGCCGUGACAACAGUGAGGGGACAGACAGCUUUGAGGGUGAAGGGAAAAAGGACAAGAAAGAUUAUGAAAAUUUCUAACUUCUGUCAUUAAUUUAAAGUAAUCUAUAUACAAAUGUACUAACAUGUUGUAUGCAGUGUCUCUCGUGUUAUGUUUUUGUUUAAAGCUGCAAAUGUACCAGUGUAAUCUCGGCCUCACUCGCUAUUACACAAACAAAUCAUCAGUGUACAGUUUUAGUUGUAGAUUUUUCUACCUAAGGUUAGAGUUGAGAUCUUUCUGUUCUAGAUAAAGCAGUUUUUACCUGAUGUGCUUCUGCUGCUGCUCCCCUGUAACCUGUGUUUUGUUUUAAGUUGUGAGGGAUGGUGGAAAUUAUAGCAUCACAAAUGAAGCCAGACUUCUCUGUAUUGUCGCUCAAGAAGAAAAUGAAAGAUUAAUGUCAUUGCCUUCAUUCAUCUGUACAGCUGCAUUCAGAGGUCGUCUGUAUUGUUACUAUUGUGAAGCAUUUAUUUAGCCAAUUGAAUUGUCAAAGUUUUUCUUUUGAAUAUGAAUAACUGUACUUAAUGCAAGUGAUGUUGAUACUGUGGUCUUGUUAUUUACCAACGCUACACUGAUAAAAGUCAGAAGAAGUGGAAACAUUAGUAAUUAGGAUUCAUCCUCUGGGCAACACAAACUGCUGCACAGGUCUUUUCCCGAUGCUAUGCUGAAGAUAAAAGACCGAAGGGGCAUUGCACAACGCUUCAGCAGAACGCUAACUGUUGUUAGUUCUUUGUUUCUAGUGAUGUCUUCUGCCCUAAAUGUAGUUUUGUCUUUAGAUUUUCAUAUAUAUGAAAGUAUUUGUAUAAUAUUUAGGUAAAAAUGCUUUGGUUUGUGGAAAACAUGGCCAUGUUCUCAUUGCGUGCUGUUUUGGCUUUUAAAGGGAUACAAGCUAUAUAAGAUUCUUUAUUGGCUUGCUUGCCUUUUAAUUUGGUAAGGUACUAAUUUGAAUUUAACAUUGAAAACAAGAAAUCAAUGUCAGUGGAAGGGACAGUGAUGUAACUGCCCUUCAGCACAGGUCCUGUUGUGAAUGGCUGCUGUGCUCUGCAUUCUGGUUUAACAGUUCCAUCAGCAGAAUAAAUACAUUUCCAGAUUGAAGAAAUGUGUAGCUUUUUGAUUCUAUCAGUGUAUAGUGAAAAUACAGGACCUCUGGCUGGGGUUAGCAUUAGGUCUAUUUUAAUAACGAUGUGUUAAUGGACCCAGAAGACAAGUAAUUACUUUGAGGCGUGUGACUCUGAAUUCAAGUGUUGGCUAGUUUACUAGCUGUUGCUGGGUUCUGAGUCAGGAUGGCAUUCUAACUACAAACCAAUUGCACGUUGGAAUUUUCCCAUUAGCCUUACGCAGGAGUCCUGCACAGUGUUGCCAACUCCUCAGUAAGGAAAGUAGCUAUUGGCUGUCCUAAAAGUCGCUAAAUGACGUCAUCGCCUAAUUUGCAUAAUGUAAUGGUCGCUAUAGGAAGUACAGAAAGUGAGAAAAGAACACCGUAAAUAUGUUUAGAACUACAUAUGAGCUUUAUUCUAAAGAAACGUAUUACAUGCACUUCACAAAAAUAAGGGUUAGGGUUAUGUGGGGUGGAACUGCUAUCUCUACGUCCAGCCCUCCUCCUUUAUCCGGUCUUGAACCGGCAAAAUGAUCCAAAAGAGCAAGUUUUAGUUGAAAUGUUUAGUUUAGUUUAGGUUCAGUUUCACCACGUUCCACACUAGAGGUCUGGAAAUGUCUAGAUUCUUAGAUGCAUCAGGAGAUGUGCGCAGCAGGAGAUGUGGGCCGCAGGAAGUGCGCUGUAGGAGAUGUGCACACACGGCGCAGAUGUGGGCUGUAGGAGAUGUGCGCACAUCUGUGCAGCAGGAGAUCAGCGCUGCAGGAUGUGCUCGCACAGUUUUUUUUUUUUUAUUUGAUUUAAUUUUUUGUUUUUGUAAAUAUAUUUUUUGAUUAUGUGCACUGCAGGAUUUGCGCUGCAGGAGAUGUGCACAUCUGCGCUGCAGGAGAUGUGGGCCGCAGGAUGUGCGCUGCAGGAGAUGUGCGCCGCAGGAUGUGCGCACAUCUGCGCUGCAGGAGAUGUGCGCUGCAGGAGAUGUGCAUGCAGGAUGUGCACACAUCUGCGCUUCAGGAGAUAUGCACUGCAGGAGAUGUGCGCUGCAGGAGAUGUGCGCCGCAGGAGGAACUCAUUGAACUGAAACAAGAUCGUGGUUUAAAGCUAAACUUUGCUGAUCUUCCUUUUGACAGUUUUUGGUUAUCUGCUGCCAAGGAGGUCCCGUCGAUCUGGACUCUGCAUCGAUGAAGAGACUGAACUCAAUGACUCAUGUUUUCCAGUGACAGUGAAGAUACAUUGACACUUAAAUCCUGCUCUGUAAACCAGAUCACCGGCGGCUUUGCGCACACGCGAUUCAUUUGCAGAUUGGAGGACGCGGAGCGUGGGUCUCCUCUCUGCUCUGACUGCAGCUGGGACUGCUGCGCAAGGCUACUGAGCGACUGACCGCCUGUGAGUGCGCUGGGACGGCGGAGGGGCUCAGGGCAGCACCUGCUGCUCGUUGAGGAUAAAGAUUAAGAUACAUUUAUUUGUCCCAAACACAUGCACAGACAUGCACAGGCACACUCAUGCAAUGUAGGGAAAUUGAACCUCUGCUUUUAACCCAUCUGGUGCAGGACACAGAGCAGUGAGCAGCCAUGUACGCCGCACGGGGAGCAGAUUUGGGGGUGUAAGGUGCCUUGCUCAGAGGCACUAGACAGGGUAGGGAGAAUUCUCUUGGAUUUUUGGACAGAUCAAUCCAGGAUCGUCUUUUUGUUGUACCAAAAGACCUUUUCUGCCCAUAGACCAAGUUUCUGCCACUAGUCCCCCGCCUCUCCCCAUUGUCAGUCACUGCAGAACGAUACGUGCUACACGUCAGUUUUCAAAACACCAGAAAGUCUCCAAUAUCACCAGAAAAAGUCGCUAGAUUUGUCGCGUAUAUAAAUAUAGGAGGAAUUUGAUUUUACAUACAACUUUGUGUCGACGUGUAUUCAGUUUACUAUCAUAGAACGGCUCACAUUCACAUUCAUGAAUGUGAAACCAGGAAGCUCUUAAGUACAAGAUUUCGUAUCAAAUAUUUUAUUUUGUUGUCAUAGCUUAAAUUAAAUCUCUUCUUUCUGCCUCCA